ACUUGCACCGAGUCCUUGCAGGAGUAGCGCCUGACUGUUAACUGCACAAUUUGGCAUUAUUUCGUCUGUCCGUGAUCCUUAUUAAAUGUUAUCAAAACUACGGUCCCAUUUCAGCCGUUAUGGUACCAGGAAUGGUGUGAAAUCCUCACCGAAAAACUGAUCGUUACUUAAAUUCUUCUUAUCAAAGUCUGGUUUCCAAGCACCGGAACGAAAACGUACGUCAGAUGUUGUGGCAGACAAUCGCCAGAAAAUGGCAAGCGUGGACGUUCUUCUGUUUAUUUCCUGUUUAUUUCAGCUCAUUAUCUCAAACAAGGCUAAACGAGCACAGCCUGGAGUUACACUGGAUAUUCCUUCAGACUUUCAUGAACGAAUGAAGGUGUACUAUGAUUUUGUGGAGAUAAUUGCCGCGCCUUCCCAUGCAGAAGCAGAGUUUGACAUUGUUCUCCUUUACAGGACCAAAGAAGCAAGGCUUUUGUCUGUAGAAAUCAUAUCAAUCGGAAUAGAGGGCGAAGAGCGUAAUGAGUUUAAAUACACUCUUAUGGUACUGCAUCGUUCAGAAAAAACGCAAAAAUUACGAGUGCGGGUUACACUCCGAGAUUCAUUGAUGUAUUUUGAAAACAGAGCUCUGAAUAUAUUUCCAGAUCUUUACGUUGAGCAGAUUCAUGUGACAAUAACUUUGCUUGAUCUUCUACCUGGUGGAUUAGAUUCAAAGCCCGUGUUAGCUGGGGAUUUUCUAGUAUUGCCUCUAACCUCUCCGUGGAGAAGACCUCAAAAACCAGGCUUCAGUUUUUCAUGGCCUUGGGAACAUUUGAUGAGACACAAGCAGUGGAAGAUUGAGAAAUGUAUGCAUCUUAAAGAUAUUGUUGACUUGUUAACUUUUCCCGUUGCACUAACUGGCAAAGAGACAGGAGUUAAAAGAAUUCUUCCACCACUUGCAUGGCCUAGGGAAGAACUGGCUGAGGCACACAGCAGAACAAAACCAAGAUUUACCAUUUCAACAUGGAUUUUCAUAUUUGAGCCAUGUCUUGAUGGUCUUUGUGGAAUUUUAAAUCACAGAAGUACAUCUCUUUUGACUCCAUUAUUGAGUAUAACGUCAAGUGGACUUCUUCAUAUUCAGGUACAAUACACACCUGAUCUUGGUUAUGCAUUUGUCAUCAACAGUCGGUUGCCUCUCAAGAAGUGGAUUCAGAUUGUGAUGUCAGUUGAUGAUAAAACUAUAUAUGUUUCAACCAGACACCACAAUGGCCAUGUGUUAGAAAAAGAGGAGAAUGCUAUCCACAAAGAGUUUCCUUAUGGGUCAUUUAAUUACAAAGAUACUGAAGGAUUUUGGGUGCUUGGUGGCACUGAGGGAUCCCAAACCUUCCAAGGAAUCAUUGGACACACACGUAUAUAUAGGCGUCACCUCCUAUUUCCAAACCAGGUCUUCUCUCCUCCUAAGGAUCAUAUCAUGUUCCGCAUGGCCCUUACAGAUCACUCAGUUGCAUGUGGUGAAAGGAUUGUCAACUUACAUGAAUCUGUAUUAGAGGACAUUGAGAAAGAAUCAGUAGAAAAUGAAAACUGUGCAGCCAAACAUAGAUCCCUGAUGGAUCUUAUGCCAAUCUCAAACAGAAACAUCCAAAGCAAAGUUCCUUUAUCAGGGGAGACCCCAGAGGUGGAUGCCAUUAUUCGGGAAGCCAUGAGACACCAUCACAAUGACUUAAUAUCUAUGGCAGAAUUCCUAUAUCAGCUGGCAAAUGAAAAACUGGUUGAUGAUGUAACAAAAGCAAAAGAGGCAUUGGCCAUUUUCAGAGUGUCAAGCUGUAUGGGACACAUCAAGUCACAGUACAUGAUGGGAAUAAUGAAUUUGGUUGGGCUAGGUGUACCUCAACAUGAAAUCGAGGGAUGGAAGUAUUUGAUGCUUGGAGCGGCUAAAGACCACGCCCUUAGUCAAAUGGCUUUAGCUUACAGACACUUUAUAGGAGCCGAUGGAUUACACCGAGACUGUGAUAUAGCUAUAGGAUACUACAAGGCAGCAGCUAUGACCACAGAUAAACUCUUGCAGGAACAUCAGGAAAUAAAUACCCACUCGGAAGCAGUCCGCCUGGAUGAUUAUGACGAAUUAGCCAAUCACAAAGGCAAUGAAUCUGACAUGUUCCAGUGGCUUACCCAUCAGGCUUUGCAUGGUUUGACAGAUGCUCAGAACGUGCUUGCGGAGAUGUAUUAUUAUGGUAAACGUGGUUUGCAGAGAGAUUUGAACCGAGCAGUGAAGUAUUAUCAGAUGGGAGCCGAUAAAGGAGACCCAGAGGGACUUUAUAACUUGGGUGUGUCCCUAUUAAGGGGCCAUGGUGUGGAACAGAACGAAACUGAAGCCAUCAAGCUGUUUCAAAUGUCUGCAGAACAGGACUUUCCACCUGCUUUAAACGCCUUGGGUUUUUACGAGGUGAACACGCGUCAGAACUACAGCGGAGCAGCGGAUUACUUUAGAAGAGCAGCUGCAAAGGGAGACAGAGAUGGGCUAACCAACUUAGCUGUGUCAUAUGACAACGGCUGGGUGGAAGGACAUCCUCCUGAUAAGAAAGAGGCAUUCAAGUAUUGGUUUGAGGCCGCUACUAAGGGUCACCCAGGGUCGUGUCUUACCGUGGGGGAAGGGGUCAGUAGUGGCCUGUAUGUUGAACGGAACUGUCCAAUGGGAGUUGUUUAUCUUCGAUUUGUAGCCGAACAGAAUCCUGAGCUUGGACGGUUAAUGAGGCGGGGCUUAGAAGCAUAUUACCAGGGGAACAUGUACCAGUCGCUCGUUUACUUUAUUUUAGCCGCCGAGGUUGGAAUGGAAGUACCUCUCUACAAUGCUGCAAUGUUAUGUGAAGAAAAUCAGGAUGAGCUGAACGAUGCGACCGCGGUGGACUGCACAUGGCAUUACUAUAACCGGUCAGCGGCUAUGGGCUGGGUGUUUGCUAUGAUUAAAGUGGGAGAUAAUCAUUGGUAUGGCAAAACUGUUCCUCAAAAUAUCACAUUUGCUGCUGAAAUGUAUGCAGAGGCGGCGUCGAAAAACGAUCUGCCACAGGCGGUUUACAACUUAGCUUAUAUGGUUGAAUAUAACUACUCUUUGAAUGGAAUCCACUGGAAUAGUGUCAAUGAAGAGGAUAUCCUACAGGGAAACCUUACCUUUGCUGCGUCACUUUACGAAAAAUGCCGAGAUGCUCCAGAAAACAAUAAUGAAUCUUUCUUACCGUGUGCAUUUGGGAUUGUGAGAAUCCAACUAAAGAUGUUUUGGAAAAAUCACACAGUAAUAGCUCAGGUGACUGCCGUAACUGUUACGUUUCUUGUUGGAGUGUGUACUGUUUGGAGUUUUUUCUCCGAAAGAAACGGACUCUGAUUAAACGACGAAGAUAAAACAAAAUUAUUUAUAUUAUAGGUUAAAGUGUUGGAAAUUCAAAUUUCCACCUCUGUUUUCAUUUGAUUGUAC